AUGCUCUCCCCCAACUCACUAGAGGGGUCUAGCUCUAGCGCCUCGCUAGACAAUGCCUCCGCCUCGCUGGGAACCUCGGAUCUACUAGACCACGCUAGUUCCGCGUAUCGAGCUAUCGAAAUCACGUCCACUAGCACAGUGCUCGAGACGGCGCGCGGGCACAGAUUGCCCGGGAGACUCAUCGAGGAGGCGAGGAAAUUGAACGCGUUACGGAGUGAAGAGGAGGGAAAGCGCGGGAGAGACGGGAACCUUAGCCCUCCUCUCGGAGUGAAGGGGCAGCGGAGGACAUUGUCGCCCGGACUCCGAGAUACGGCAAGGAACAGGCUGCAGAAAACUGGCGGGCAUCUAGACACUAUGGAAGAACGAGAUGGAGGUGGGGAAAAUGUCUAUAUCGGAAAGGCAACUGCUUUCACCAACCCCCUAUUCCCCCCAUUGCCAGUUUAUGGACCCCCCACGCCCUUGCGGAGACUACAAUAUAUGAUUUUCCGCGCUUGUAGCGGGGUGCUCUCGUUUUGUUUUCUAUUUAUCAUUGUCAUUGGCGCCAUAGCUAAGUCGCUUCCUUCGAUGUUCAUGACUUUAGCCUGUCUGCUGCGUGGUCGGGAUCCGAACGCCACAAGACCGUUCUACGGGAUUGAGAAAGAGCGUGCGGAAAAACGGAGAGAGGAAACUAGGGCUUGGAAGGCUCGGCGGAGGGAUUCACUGGGCGCGGGGGAUCAGGAUGGUGAGCGGGGAUUGAGGAAUAAACAGAUUACUGGGGGGGAGGAUAAUCUGGUGUGUGAUAUUGGGUAUUAUGCUAGAAGGGUUGGACUGGAUGCAGAGGAGUUCGAGGUUCAGACGGAAGACGGGUUCUUGAUUAUGAUGCAGCAUAUAUAUGAUCCGGAUGAUCCCCCCUACUACCCGAGUGAGAAGAUUGAUGGAAAAGAUAAUAGAGGGAGGAGCGCGAAUGGGAAGAGGAGCAAGUAUCCAGUUUUGCUUAUGCAUGGGCUUCUUCAGAGUUCUGGUGCUUUUUGUGUCAAUGAUGAGGAUAGUUUAGCAUUCUAUUUGUGCAAGGCAGGCUAUGACGUCUGGCUCGGCAACAACCGCUGCGGCUUCAAACCCAAACACACAUCCCUCCACUACUCCGAUCCCAGAAUGUGGGCCUGGAACAUCCGACAAAUGGGGAUAAACGAUCUCCCCGCCCUAAUAGAUCACGUUCUCUCGGUAACCCGCUUCCCAAAACUCGGCCUAAUCUGCCAUUCCCAAGGCACUACCCAAACAUUCGUAGCCCUAGCAAAGCAGCAGCGUCCAGACAUUGGGUCGAAAAUAUCUGUCUUCUGUGCACUCGCCCCAGCAGCAUACGCAGGGCCACUAAUAGAUAAAUUCUGCUUCAAAUUCAUGAAGAUCAUAUCUCCCUCCAUGUUCCGAAUAGUCUUUGGCAUCCACGCUUUCAUCCCCUUCAUGAUGCUCAUGCACGCUACUAUGCCCGCGCGGGUAUACGGCGCGCUAGGAUAUCGUGUGUUUUGGUUCCUUUUCGGUUGGAGCGACACCCGCUGGGAUAAAGGCCUCCGCGACAGAUUCUUUCAAUUCGCUCCUGUAUUUGUCUCCGCCGAGGCGAUGAGAUGGUGGCUUGGUCGUGAGUGCUUCGCAAGACAUAAAUGCAUAUUGUCUACCAAAAGGGAAGAGGAGGAAGCGGACCAGGAGGAAGAAGGCAUAUUGGAGCAAGAAAAACAGAAAGAGCCGGAAAAAGAAAGGAACGAGGGAAGCAAGGGCCCAGACAAAGAACUAUCACCAUCGCCAUCUACUAACGGGGGGCCGUGGUACGACGGCCGCUGUCCGCCGAUGGCGCUCUGGGUCGCGGGUAAUGAUAACUUGGUUGAUGGCCCGAGGCUCAUCAGACGCUUUGAAAGGGGCAAGGAACCAGAUGUCAACCUUGUGCACGCGAAAGUCAUUGAGGAGUAUGAGCAUCUGGACGUGGUCUGGGCCGUGGAUGCCCCUGAACAGGUGUUUAAAGAGUUGGUGGACGUGGUAUGGAAGUGUGUAGACGAGGAUGUCAAAAGGGAGGUGAUUGUCCCCCGAGGCAUUGGAGAAUCAGGGAUCAGGCAGUGA